AUGGGAGUUCUGGUGGGAACAUCCUUGAUUGUUAUUAUACCGGAGGGCAUUGAGACCCUUUAUAGUGCCAGUUCCGUCAGUCGGAAGAGUCUCAGCACCCGAACAACCCACUUCGAAUUGCAACCCCAAGGGGCCACCAUACCCGAACUCAAUGAGAGGGGCGAUACGUCAAUAGCCCCGUCAGAUACGCCCGUUGCAUUCCUAUCUCUUGAUAGUGAGCAAAUUGCUCCUCGUCCCGGUCAGGGCCUAGUGUCGGACGAAUCACAUCUGCGAGUUACUCGAAACGAGGAUGCCACAAGCGAGAAGCAAAAGGAAGAGGCAGACGAAGAGGGCUCACCACAUGCCUGGAUUGGUAUCGCGCUCAUUAGCGGCUUUGUUUUGAUGUAUCUCAUCGACAAGGUGCCCGAACUCGCAUCCCCGAGCAAAACCGAACGCCAACCUUAUCACAUCUCCCUCGAUAACCUUGGCUCGGGGCUGCGGCGCAACUCUUCCCCCAUGCGCAACGGCGGCCUUCUCGAUGCGGGCAACUCUAGUUCUCGACGCGGACACAGCUUCGCGACCACGACCGGCCUGGUGAUUCACGCGGCGGCAGAUGGCAUUGCGCUGGGCGCUUCCAGCUCCGACACUGGGCUUAGCUUCAUCAUUUUCCUUGCCAUUAUGGUCCACAAGGCCCCGGCGUCUUUUGGGCUGACGUCGAUUUUGCUCAAGCAAGGGCUGUCUAGCCGGACAGCGAGGGCGCAUUUGUUGGUCUUCAGUCUGGCGGCCCCGGUUGGCGCGCUGGCUACUUUUCUGUUUGCACAUAUGGUGGGAUCCUCCGGUGGCGACGAGGCUGGCUCUCAGUGGCGGACUGGAAUGCUCCUCCUGUUCUCCGGGGGCACGUUCUUAUAUGUUGCAAUGCAUACCAUGCAGGAGAACGGACCCGGUUCGUCUACGCGGGAGGCAUCCGUGAAUGGCUACGGUGAUUCUCGGGACUCGCCCAGUGGUACGGAGAAGCCGAUGCGGGACUUGAUCGCAUCUGUCCUGGGCAUGAUCCUCCCUCUAUUCUUACAGAUUGGGCAUGCGCAUUGA